CCAUGCUGCCUGCAAGCUGACAUUCACAAUUUUUUCUAUUGUUAUUCCUGUUCCCUUUCCCUUGACUUCGGUCUAUCUUUCUGUCCUCAACUUGGGGCAGUGAUUUUCCUUCUUCAGGGUUUGGAAAGCACCUAGCGCACAGCGGAUGCUACUUCAAAUAAAUUAAUAAGAAUAUUGGCAGUAUUUAGUACACAGGAAAAGGAAUGCUGGGGCUCAAAAGUGAAAGACAAGGACCUUCAUGCUGGGAAAGUUGGCUCUAAACUACUGAUGAUCGCCUGAGGCAAAAGUUCAAUUUAUCAGUAGUUCCCUGUCACAAUAUAAAGAAACAAAGGAAAAAGAAGGAAGCCAGUAGUUCCUGUUAAGUGGUUAGUGACUGCUACAGUUAACUUCAUUUAAAUUACAGUCUGAGCAAGACACACACGCACACUCCUCACCAGCGCUCUUUAUCCAAGGACUUCAGAGAUGUUCUGCUUCUCUUUAUUUUUGCUUUUCUUUUUCAAUGCAACUCUGAGCAUAAAAAUCUGCUCCUUCAAUGUGAGGUCUUUCGGAGAAGCAAAAAGUGCCAGACCUGAAGUCUUAGACGUCAUUGUAAAGGUUAUUUCUCGCUGUGACAUCAUGCUACUGAUGGAAAUAAAGGACAAUAGCAACAAGAUAUGCCCUCUUUUAAUAGAAAAACUCAAUGGUCAGUCCCAAGAAGAAUAUGACUACGUGAUCAGUAAAAGGUUAGGAAGAAAGUCCUAUAAGGAACAAUAUGCUUUUAUCUAUAGAUCAAAUGUGGUGUCAGUGAAGGAAACCUAUCAGUAUCCAGAUAUUCAGCCUGGAGAUGUAGAUGCUUUUUCUAGAGAACCCUUUGUUGUCUGGUUCAAGUCUCCAAAAACUGUUGUUAAAGAAUUCGUGAUAAUCCCUCAGCACACCACACCUGAAACAGCUGUGCGGGAAAUUGAUGAGCUUUAUGAUGUGUAUUUAGAUGUCAAACAGCGCUGGAAAUCUAAGAACUUCAUCUUCCUGGGGGACUUCAAUGCUGGCUGUGGUUAUGUUCCAAAGAAGCACUGGAAGAACAUCAGGCUGAGAACUCACUCAGAGUUUGUGUGGCUAAUUGGCGACAAAAAUGACACAACAGUUAGGAACAGCACAAACUGUGCAUACGACAGAAUUGUGAUCCAGGGUGAAAAGCUCAUCCGUGCUGUUGUCCCAAACUCAGCUGAUAUCAUUGAUUUUCAAAAGGCCUUUGGAAUGACUGAAGAGCAGGCUCUGGAAGUUAGUGAUCACUUUCCAGUAGCGUUUGAGCUGAAAACUGCUCGGGGUUUCCAACUAAGAUCACUUGCUGCAGAGAAAAGAAAAACAAGAAAUCUCCACCAUUUGUCUUCCUAGGCACACUGGAUUUUCUUGCUAUCAUCCUUUGUGUGUACAUUGAAAUAAUAAACACACAUCCCAAACAUUCACUGUAAAACAGAUAAUAUUUAAACCUUCGCCUAGUUGCACUCUCUCCUGAUGCAAUAUUUAGUAGAAAAAUCCAAAACUUUGUUUAUAUUUGAAAUAUCAUCUAGGAAAAUGAAUGAAGUCUGUAGAUUAUUAUAAGCUAACUAAAAAUAAAUCAGCUAAUUUUAACAUUGCUGAAUUCUUGUCAUGCUGAAUACAAAUGUAGUGAGAUAUUUUAAUGUGAAAUGCUUUCACACACUCUACUUCUAGGCCUGUUGGACUGAGAAGUCUGUUUAUUCAUAUUUGGUCUAGAUUUCAGACAUUCCUGUUUUGUCAUACAGGUAAAAAACUUUUAGUGUCACGGGCUCAGAAUAGUGCUACCAGGGUAGCACGACUUGCAGUAUUCUCUUAUUCUGCUCUUUAGGACAGAUCAACUAACUUCAACUGAGCUAUGGCAGUUUACACCAGCUAAGGAUCUGUCCCAUUAUCCCACCUUGUUUCAGAAUAUAGGUAAAAUAGGGCAGAAUGAAUCAAAGCAGUGAGCAUAUCCUUCAUUUUCCUUCCCCCAGCCCAACUUAUUUUAUUUAGACUGAGAAUUUCUAUUUGUUCUCCCAUCCAUGCAUGUUGGACAUAUAUAUGGAACUCCAGCUUGUGAUGGUGCAAGUUAUUUGUAUGAAUCAAAGUGAUCCUAGAUCCCCAAAUUUUUAAGCAAGGGCAAUUCUUUAUGGGAAAGUUGCUUAGCCCCCUGAAAGAUGGGCUCAUUCUGGAUAUGCUAACAGAACUGUACCAGAUGACACUAUCAUUUGUGCUGAUUUAUUAACAGAAAUAACGAACAUUAUAUUUUAGAGCCAGCAGUAAGACUAGGGUUAAAGUGAAAUAAACCUGCUCAUGACAAUACAGUGAUAGGAACUAGCACAAUUUUGCUAAGUCAAUACACACAGUUUUACCAAUUGAUUUCUACAUUCAUGGUGUGCUGUGCUAGAGACACAGAAUCCAUUUUCUCCUGCAGAAUGAUGGCUUUGAUUCCAAAACUGACAUCUUCUUAAAAAAAUCCAUUUCCCUUUCCUGCAUGAAAGCAGCCAAGAAGUAACAAUGCCCUGUUUGUUCUCACUCCAUAGCCAUCCAGUCACUCCUCCUGCCAUUAACAUAGAUCCUUCCUCAUGUACACCCCACAGGUGUAACUGCCACAGGAGAGGUUUCCUGUGGACUCCCUCAAUAGCUCCAGGUUUUGAUUUCAAGUACAAACUGAUUAUUUCAGCACUGAUUUCUUGUAGGCUUAAACAGAAAUUAAUUGCAUUUUCCCCCAGAGCUUUCACAGCAGCAAACACUGCAGUAUCAUAGAUUUAAAAACUGCAAUGGAUAAUAUUAUUCAAUGCCACAAUGAUCUUUUUCCUCAAACAAUCCGAUAUAGCUUUAUUUAGAUACCUGAGCCUGUUGGGUGAAAGACUUGUGAAAGCUGUCAAUUUAACUGGGCAGUUUGAGGAAUUAAUUAAGAACACCACCCUUACUUCCCAAGUCAAUGCUCUCAAGUAUUUUGUAGAUUGGCAGAACGAUGGGGCAGGAAGGAAGGCAAAUAAGAUACUGUUUUUAAAAGGAAAACAAGGAUUGACCUAUGUGGAAGCUUAUUCCAUGGGGAGAAUGGAUCUGAAGACAGAAGCUAAGAGUAUAAUCGAUCAAGUCAAUGUGAAAAAACUAAACUUACUGCAGGAAUUAGUCCUAACGGGACACAGUUCCAUAAUCUCCCUGAUUAUACUUAGGGCCCUACCAAAUUCACAGCCCAUGUUGGUCAAUUUCACGGUCAUAGGAAUUUUAAAAUUGUAAAUUUCAUGAUUUCAGCUAUUUAAAUCUGAAAUUUCAGGGUGUUGUAAUUGUAGGGGUCCUGACUCAUAAAAGAGUUGAGGGGGAGGGUGUGUUGGGGUACUGCUACCCUUACUUCUGCGCUGCUGCUGGCAGGGGUGCUGCCU